AUGGCACUUGUAGAAUCUGAUGGAAAUUGCUUUUUUAGAGCAUUAAGUGAUCAGAUAUGUAAUUCAGAAGGUGGACAUAUUUUAUUACGUGCUCUUAUUAUUGGUUUUAUGAAUGAUAAUGCAGGAGAGUUUCAACAAAUUAUUGAUUAUAAUUAUUAUUUAUCAUGGGCAAAUUUCAUUUAUAAAAUGCUUCAAAGUGGAAUAUUCGUUGAUGCUGUCGUAAUAAUAGCAUCUGCAAUGUUUUUACAACGAGUAAUUAUUAUUCAUCAAUUUGAACAACGUCCAAUCCUUUUCAAACCAUCCAUUUUUAUUUCAAAUAACAAUCAAAUACAUCUUGCUUAUGAUUCUGAAAAGCUUCAUUAUAAUAGCUUAUGGUCAAUUGAAGGGAAAAGACUACAAAUUGACGAAUCAGAAUGUCGAUUUGCUUAA